AUGCGCCUGCGCGGGAAUGGUAAAAAUGGCGUCACCUGGCUACCUGGUCUCUUCUCCCAAAUCGGCAGUCGCGCACCCGCCCUCCGUCUUCAGCUCUCGUCCACUCCCCGCUUCUUCACUCACCGUGACCAGGUCCCAGGCAGCAGCUCUCUCCCGAGUUUUGUCUCAGACGCGGCUGUUUUCCCCGGCCCCUUACUUCUGAAGGACUGCGGCCUUGACCCGCUCCGCCCCUCCGCGGGAGGGUCUCACCAGCAAUGGCCGAAUGUCGGCUGCACCCAGGGACGCCCCUGGACCCUGCUGCUGCUGGUGCCCGAGACUGCGCCGAGGUGCCAGCCCGGCCCAGAAAAACUUCGCGAGCUAGUGCAGCAGCAGCGUUUCAGGGAUGAUGGGAAAUCACAACACAUCUGGCACCUGGGCCCACCCCCAACGACCCUGUUCCAGCACCAGCGAAUGUGGCUGUUCUCUAGGGUCUGCCGGGACCAGGUGGCUUCAACAGUCACCACCGAAUGUCCUUCCGGCAGUGGAACCGCCUUUCCCCGUGUGGCCCGAGGACCUCCCGGCCUCCACUCUGCUCCUGGGGAUUCGCCCUUCCCACCAGAGCACCACCAGGACGAUGGGACCCACGGAGGGCAGAUACACAGACCACUAGGAGACAACGGCUCACAGCCUCAGGAAGCAAACGCAAGUUACUGGGGCUGCUGGACGAGGCUCUGGGAGCACAGAGAGGAGGAGGGAGUUUCCUGAGAGGACUGCAGAGGGAGCCGGCUGUGAAGGCUGGAGGCAAGCUGUUAAGUGUGCAAAGGCCACAGAGAGAGACUGAGCCAAAAGGAAUCAAGGCUCUGAGGGGACGGCACCGGAAGAGCUAUCCUGGGCUGCAGAUCGCCAAGAGUGGUUUUAAGAACCUACUUUGUAUCCAGCUGCCAGCACCUCACUCACGGUGAAUGAAUCUGAGAAACUCAACAGGAAUGCAAGGAGAAUCCUCAGUGAUAAUCUGGCUCUGUAGAUAUAUGAAGGCAGAUAAAUGGGACUACGAACAAAAUUUUCUUUUCCCUAGAGGACUACACAGGGGUGGAGGCUGGGGAACGAGGGAGAGUUUUAUCUUUAGCUUCAUGACGGAAUGAAGAAGAGAUAUGAGAAGGCGAGUAGGUUCUUCUUUUUCCCUCCCCUUUUAAGUAUUGAAGAAAAACAAAUGUUCCCAUUGCUACUACAGAAAUAUAUGGGUUUGGUUGUAAAUGGAUGUGCUUUGUUUUUAGGAAACAUGCAACAGCUAUAUGCGUUAGGGUCUCCUGGUAAUAGUCUGUGCCACCCAUGUUCCGAUACUAGCCUUGCUCAGAGAUGUUUUGAGACCUUUUUUUUGGGAGGGGGGAAUUGACUCCAGGACAUUCACAGCACCUUGUCUGGAGUGGUCUGAGUGGUCAGUCUGGUGAAGACUGUGUUUAGGUUUCACAGAAUAGUCAAAAUGCUUUACAUACUGAGGGAGGUGAAUAAGAAGGCUGUUAAGAUUGAGUAAGAUUUCUCUGUUUCACAAUGAGGUUUUAAAAAGCAGCAAAACUGCCUGGCUAUAAAACAUAACCAUUUCUUUUAAAUUUUGUUUUGUUUUGUUUUGUUUUGUUUUGCAAUGCUCUGAAGGCAGGUUACAAAACAUUGGAAACAAGGACAGCAUUGGGGAGGACUAUAUCAUGAUUCCUAAAGUGACCAUUUUGAGAAGCAUUUGGCUAUUUCAGAUAUGACAUUUAAUACCAACCGAGCCAAAUCAAGUCAAAUGACCUUAUGACUUUAUAUUUACUUGGUGUGUUUAAGCCAGGCAGAACUGGUAAGAGCCAGGGAUGCUUGGCCAAUAGAGAUAUAAAGUCCUGCCUGAACUGAGCGACUCCUAUUCAGCUUAACCACCUUGUUGCCAGGUAGGAAA